AUGAAUUGGACGUCAUCUACCAGGUCUGCUUGUUCUGGCUGUUCGACUGAUUUGACACCCGUUGGCGACAAAGGGUCUACCGUAAACAACCCUGUGCGUUUUUUCCAUGGCUGGAGUAUGGAUCUCCUUGACUACAACCUUCCACGUGGGUAUCGAGUGAUCAGAAUUACUCAUAUCGAUACCAGGAUCGAGACCGCGGACGGAUACAAGGCCUUUCUUCCCUAUGUCAGCAUUGAGAAGGAUGAAACGUUGGCCACAUACAUCACUCGUGUCGGAGAUGAAGGCCUGGUCAAGAUUGGGGUCAAGAAGGAAGUAUCUGACGCACUUUUCAAAACGCAGCUGUCUGCCAUCAAGUUCCUCUGGGAUGGUUCCUCAGCCAGCCAUCCAUGA